AUGUUGUUCAAGCGCGACAAAAACGACCAAGUCGCCCACUCCACCUACGACGCCGACAUGCGUCCCCCUUCGCUCGCCAUCGAUGAACGUCACCCCACCCUCACUCAGGCCGAAGAGGAGGAAGAGGAAAGGCGACUCGUUCGCAAGAUCGACAUGCGACUCGUCCCUUGCGUGUGGGUCAUGUACCUCUUCUCCUACCUCGAUCGCAGCAACAUCGGUAACGCUUACACGGGUGGCAUGGGCACUGACCUCAAGAUGUCAGCCAACCACUACAGUAUCGUGCUCCUCGUCUUCUUUGCUACGUACGUUCCUUUCGAGGUCCCCUCUAACAUGUUGCUCACGCGAGUGAGGCCAAGCAUCUACCUGCCCGCUAUCAUGUUCCUCUGGGGUGGUCUCUCCAUCGCCUUCGCCGGCGCCAAGAACUGGCAAACCGUCGCUGCUCUUCGAGUCGUGCUCGGCAUCCUCGAGGCGGGCUUUUCGCCAGGUGUCCUCUUCAUCCUCUCGAGCUGGUACAAGCGCGGCGAAUUGGCAAGAAGAUACUGUCUCUACUAUUCUGCCGUUCCUCUCGCUGGAAUGUUUGGCGGCCUCAUCGCUGGUGGCCUAAUUCAGAAGCUCAAGAACGCUGGAGGCCUUGCGGCAUGGCGCUGGCUAUUCGUGGUAGAAGGUGCUGCUACGUGCCUAGUCGCGAUCAUCGCCGUCUUCAUCCUCCCCGACUUCCCGGCCACCACCAAGUGGCUCUCACCUCGCGAACGCUUUUUGGCUGAAAGGCGUCUCGCCCAAGAUUCGCUCGGCAGUGCUCAGGGCGGCAAGGAGGACGUCUCGCACAAGCAGGCAGCUGCCAUGGCCUUCACCGACUGGAGAACCUGGGGAUUCGUCGUACUCUACAUGAUGGGCACAGGCUCGCAGACCAUCCAAUAUUUCGUCCCGGAACUGGUGAAGAGCAUGGGUUACACUGGCUUCCACGUCCAGUAUAUGACGGCUCCGAUCUACGCUGUCGCUUUGUUCGCCAUUGUCUCGUUCUGUUUCUCGUCGGACUACUUCCGCGAUCGCGCGUACCACACCGCUGUGGCAUCCACCAUUGCAGUCGUCGCCUUCGCUUGCAUGCUCGGUGUCCUCGACCACGUUGGCAGGUACGUCCUGCUCUGCCUCGGUGUAGCAGGUGUCUACGCCGCCUGUCCUCUCAUCAGCAUUUGGGUGUCGAAUGCCAUCCCGCACCCCUCCGAGAAACGUGCCGUGGUGCAGGCCUUCGUCAACGGCAUGGGCAACUCGGCAAGUAUCUACGGCUCGUACCUCUUCAACAAGGGCGACAAGAACUUCAACCGAAAGGGCUUCGGUGUCACCAUGGCUUUCAUGCUCAUCGCCGCCCUCCUAUCCCUCGUCAUGCGCGUCCUGCUGGUCAGGUACCCGUACCCCGAGAUUCAGCACGUCCGCGAGACGGAUACCGACUCGGCCAAUGCUGCCGGAUCUGGCUACGGUGGUGACCAAGACGACCUCAAGACCAAGGCAUAG